AUGAAUAACCAGACUCGGGUGACAGAAUUUAUCCUGCAGGGAUUUUCACAGAUACCACAGGUUCAGGUCCUCCUCUUUGUCUUCUUCCUCACUCUCUACACUGUGGCCCUCUGUGGCAAUUUUCUCAUUGUCACAGCUAUUGCCUUCAGCUCUGGGCUCCAUACCCCCAUGUACUUCUUCCUGGUCAACUUGGCUGUGUUGAAUGUGGCCUGUGCAUGCACUGUGGUGCCCAAGCUGCUGGAGAUGCUGGUGGCAGAGAAGAGAACCAUCUCCUACGAAGGCUGCAUGACGCAGAUGUACUUCCUGUCAUGGUCUGUGGCUGCGGAGGUGCUGCUCUUCACUGCCAUGGCCUAUGACCGCUAUGUGGCCAUCUGCCAGCCCCUGCACUAUAGCUCCAGGAUGAGUCCCCAGGUGUGUGCGGCACUGGCCAUAGCUGUGUGGACCAUCAGUGUGCUUGGCGCUGGGGUCGAUGCCUGCCUGAUGUCAAGGCUAACCUUCUGUGGGCCCAACAUCAUAGACCACUUCUUCUGUGAGAUCCCUCCACUUCUGGUGCUCUCUUGUUCCUCCACAUACGUGAAUGACAUCAUGACAAUUGUGGCAGACAUCUUCUUUGCUGUGUUGAACUUCUUGUUCACCACGGUGUCCUACAGCUACAUCAUCUCCACCAUCCUGAAGAUUCGCACAGCCGAGGGGAAGCGCCGUGCUUUCUCCACCUGCUCCUCUCACCUCAUGGUCGUCGCCAUGUACUACUCCACUGUCAUCUCCACCUACCUGAGCCCAGGCUCCAGCUACUCCCCAGAGAUGGGCAAAGGCAUGGCUGUGCUUUACUCCACAGUGAGUCCCACCUUGAACCCUCUCAUCUAUACCCUCAGGAACAAGGAUGUCAAGGCAGCCCUCAAGAAAGUCUUUACCUUCUUAGUAGAGAAACUGUAA